AUGAGUGCCAUCCGCGACCUCUUCAAUCGCCAUCUGCACUGCACCCUCGCCAAGGACGUCAGUGUGGCUACCGAGCGGGACUACUAUCUCUCCCUUAGCUACACCGUUCGUGACCAUGUCAUGUCGUCAUGGCACAAAACCCACCGCGAGUACUACGCCAAGGACCCCAAGCGUAUCUACUACCUCAGCCUUGAGUUUUACGUCGGUCGCAGCCUCACCAACAUGAUGAUCAACCUGGGCAUUCAUGGCCUUUGUGCUCGCUCCCUCUACAACAUGGGCCUGCGCAUGGAGGAGCUCGAGGACGUCGAAGUCGAUGCUGGCCUCGGCAACGGUGGUCUCGGCCGCCUGGCCGCCUGCUUCCUUGACUCGAUGGCGACGCUGGCGCUGCCUGGCUACGGCUAUGGCUUGCGCUACGAGUACGGCAUCUUUGAGCAAGCCAUUCGCGACGGUUUCCAGGAGGAGCUGCCCGAUGACUGGCUCAAAUUUGGUAACCCUUGGGAAGUUCCCCGUCCCGAGUACAUCCUCCCUGUACAAUUCUAUGGCGAUGUCAAGUGGCUUGAUGAUGGCAGCUUCAACUGGGAAGAUGGACAGAUCGUCCUCGCUGUACCAUACGACACACCCGUUCCGGGCUACCGCAACAACACCGUCAACACCAUGCGUCUCUGGAGUGCGCGUUCCCCCAACAGCUUUGACCUUAGCUACUUCAACCACGGCAAUUACAUCAAGGCUGUCCUGGAUCGCAACCUGGCCGAGCGCAUCAGCAUGUGUCUGUACCCCAACGACAACUUUUUUGAAGGCAAGGAGCUCCGCCUCAAGCAGGAAUACUUUCUGGUUUCUGCAACUCUUCAAGACAUCAUUCGUCGCUACAAGCACUUCCGCACCGGCAUGAAGGAUCGCGAGUCUCUGGAGCGCACCAACUUUGAUCUGCUACCCAUGAAGGUGGCUGUUCAGCUCAACGAUACACAUCCCUCGCUGGCCAUUCCCGAACUGAUGCGCAUUCUUGUGGACCAAGAGGGCCUCGAGUGGGACCAGGCAUGGGAAAUCUGCACCUCAACCUUUUCCUACACAAAUCACACCAUCUUGCCUGAGGCUCUGGAGCGCUGGCCCGUGACUCUGCUUGAGCGCGUUCUCCCCCGCCAUUUGAUGAUCAUCUACGAGAUCAACCGCCGUCACUUGGACCACGUCACGACCCUGUUUCCGGGUGAUCUUGACCGGUGCUCGCGUAUGUCGCUCGUUGAAGAGCUUGGCGAAAAGUCGGUCAACAUGGCCCACCUCAGCAUUGUGGGCAGCCAUACCGUCAACGGCGUGGCAGAGAUCCACUCCAACAUCCUCAAGGAGAGCACCUUCCGUGACUUUUACGAGAUGUGGCCCCAAAAGUUUCAAAACAAGACUAACGGCAUUACGCCUCGUCGCUGGUUGCUCCAGUGCAACAUGCCCCUUGCGAACCUCAUUACCGAGUACAUUGGUGAGGGGUGGAUCACUGACCUCGAUCAGCUCACCAAGCUCACUCAGUUCCUGGACGACGAUGUCUUUGUCCAACGCUUCAUGCAAGCCAAGAUGAGCAACAAACGCAAGGUUGCCAAGAUGCUGCGCAAGGACUACGGCAUCGAGGUCAACCCCAACUCGAUGUACGACAUUCAUGUGAAACGCAUUCAUGAGUACAAGCGACAACUGAUGAACCUGUUUCACGUCAUCACGCUCUACAACCGCAUCAAGGCCAAUCCGCGUGGCCAAUUCACGCCUCGCACCGUGAUCAUUGGCGGCAAGGCUGCUCCCGGCUAUUACAUGGCAAAGAUGAUUAUCAAGCUGAUCACCUCGGUUGCCGACGUCGUCAACACUGAUCCCGACAUCUGUGGCCGCCUCAAGGUCAUUUUCCUUGUCAACUACCGAGUCUCGCUGGCUGAAAAGAUCAUUCCUGCCUGCGAUCUCAGCCAGCAGGUCUCUUUGGCCGGCACUGAAGCCUCAGGUACCGGCAACAUGAAGUUCCAGAUUAACGGCGCCCUGACUAUUGGGACGCUUGAUGGCGCCAACGUUGAGAUCGCCGAGCGCGUUGGUGAGGACAACAUUUACAUCUUUGGCAUGAAGGUGGAUGAAGUUGAUGAACUCAAGGCCAAGGGAUACGACCCCGUUUCUUUCUACGAGGAGAACCCCGAACUCAAGAAAGUCAUCGACAUGAUCCGUGAUGGCUACUUCUCUCCUGAUUGCAAAGACCGCUUCCACAAUCUCAUCGACACCAUCACGGUGCACGGCGACCGCUUUUGCGUGCUGGCCGAUUAUGCCGACUACAUUAAAGUGCAAGAACAGGUCUCAGAAGACUACCUUGAUCAAAAGAACUGGGCCCGACGCUGCAUCAUCAAUGUUGCCAACGGCGGAUUCUUUUCCAGUGAUCGCACCAUCAAGCAGUACGCAGACGAAAUUUGGAACGCAAAGCCUGUGCCCAUUCGUGAUGAAGAUGAGGCCGGUGCUUCGGACGUCUCAGCUUGA